CAACCCUCUCUUUUUUAUUCAUUUUAUUUUUCUUUCUUUUGUCUUAAUUUUCACCCUUUUUAUCAUUUCACCUUAGACUAAUCCAUCAUAUUCCUCUCUCUUCAGCAUUUUCUCUGUUUGAUGUAGGUGAAGAUAGAGAUAGCAUCCAUGGAUAUGUCUAGAGGAAGCAACAGUUUUGACAAUAAGAAAGCAAGUUGUCAGAGAGGUCACUGGAGACCUAUUGAAGACGACCAUCUCCGUCAACUCGUGGAACAAUAUGGUCCCAAGAAUUGGAAUUUCAUUGCUCAACAUCUACAUGGAAGAUCAGGGAAAAGUUGUAGAUUGAGAUGGUACAAUCAACUUGAUCCAAACAUCACCAAGAAACCUUUCACUGAGGAAGAAGAAGAGAGACUUCUCAAAGCUCAUCGGAUCCAGGGGAAUCGUUGGGCCUCUAUAGCUCGGCUGUUCCCUGGGAGGACCGAUAACGCUGUCAAGAACCAUUUCCAUGUCAUCAUGGCUAGGCGCAAACGUGAAAGCCACUCUUCCACGGCCACUCCUACGUUCAACCAAAGCUGGCAUAAUAUAUUGAGCCCUAGUUCUAGUCUUACAAGGUUUAAUAGAUCUCAGUUUGGGCUAUGGAGGUAUCAAAAGGACAAGAGUCGUGGUUUUCGGCCUUGCACUUUUGUUUCGGGCCCUAGAGAUGAUGAGUUUGGAUCUUCAUCGAUCUCGAAUGUACGCAAAGAAGUUUAUUCUGAGAGGAGAAAGUUGAAAGAGUUGGUGGAUCAACACAAUAACGCAUUAGACACAGCUACACCAGAUCAUAAGAAGAACUCAGUUGAAGAUGGACCAUCCACGGGAGAUGAUGGUGAAAAGAAAAAUGUUGCUUUCAUCGAUUUUCUUGGAGUUGGAUUAGUUUCUUAGGUUACACUUUCACAACUCAAUGAUUUUAAAGGGUAUCUAUCAUUAGGGUUAGGUAUCAUUUUCAACCUUUUGCUUCCAUAAAACCUCAUAUGGAUCUUCUAUCAAUUACAACUCUCGUUUUCCAUCUAUUUAAAUCUCUAUAGCAUAUAUGUAGGUGUCUAUAUAUACAUAUAAAUAUAUACGUAUGUGUAUCACAUGCAUUUAAAUUGGUACAUACGCAUACGUGUAUGUGUCCCUGUCGUUAUUGUUGGUAUAACGCAUGGUUUGCUAUUUAGCAUGUAACAAAUAUUUAUAGGCGUAUUAAUACACAAGGAGACGCAAGUUUUUAAGUGUAUAUAAUACGUAUGUGGGUACUAAUUACCAAAUAGCUGAUGUAUUGGAACUUGUGAGGCUUGAAAUUGUUAAUCUCCGUAGAAGCUUGUAUCAAAAGUUACAUGUUAUAUGAUAUUUUU